AAUCUGGAAAGUUCUGCAAAAAAAAAAAAUUCGCCGCAUAACUCAAAGCCCAAAAUCCUAUACAUGGGAUUUAGUGGCGGUGACCACCCAAAACAGUGCCAUUUUUAGACGUUUACUGCUGACGUUUCCAGAGGCUUCAAAUAGCUUCCGUUUUACUCUGGUAGUGAUUGGACUGCUCUGUACUUACCCAGUGAGCUAACGCAGAUCCGACAUUCUACACUUCAAUGGAGGAACAGCCCAAAGAUCGGGCACAAGAGAGACCAUAUCCCCCCCACGGAGAGGACAGACACUCUACUCAACACACAACUUGUCUAAAACAUGAUCAGAGCCACUUCCAGCGCCAGCAUCAGGAAACGCAGACGAAGAAAACAGGUUGGGCCAUCCGGAAAAGCAGUAAAAAAGUAAACAUCAGUGAGGAGGAGGGGGAGAAGAAUACACAUCUGUCUGAUACUGUUGGUAUGUCGCACCCCCCCAACAGUAAUGGUAACAGACACACAAGUAAUACAAAUGUGAAGCAGAAGUCAACACAAAAGCUGUACGCGACUGUUCCAAAAGUGAGCAGCAAAGGAUUGGACCAUAAGAAGAAUAUGGACCUUAAAAAUGACAAGGAUAAGACCCUGGAUUUGAAUCACCAUGAGGGCCAACCUUUGGAUAAGAAAGACUCUAUGUUGCUUCAAAAUGGCGUUGUAAACUGUGGCUUAAUUACAAAUGGCUAUUCUAGCAAGGACAAUGAUGGCAGCGGCUCCGAAGGUGGAUAUACUACUCCGAAAAAACGCAAGGCCAGAUGUAACAACGGCAAGAACACUGAUAAUGUGAUAAGAGAAAAGGAGAAAGACAUGCAGCAGGGCAGCACUACACAGGAGCAUGGGGCUUUUAAUCUUGAGACGACUGAGAAGGGAGUAACUUCUAGACUCGAUGGCUUUAGAGCCGCCCAUAAAGUAGAAGCUCAGUCAGCAGCUAGACGGGCUGUUGCGUCAGAGGCUUCAGUGGGUGAAUCUCAGAGGAAAAACUCUGAUGGCAAAAUAGUUGGCACCUUUGGUAAAAAGACUGAGGAAAGGCACAAAGCCAAGCUUUCCUCACCUUCAAAGGAGGACUCAUGGACUCUGUUCAAGCCCCCUCCAGUAUUUCCUGUGGACAAUAGCAGUGCUAAAAUUGUUCCCAAGAUCAGUUAUGCAAGUAAAGUAAAAGAAAACCUCAACAAAGUAGCUCAAGGUGGAGGAGAGGCACUGCCUCCUACUGUUAGACUAUCACAGGUCCCUAUGUCUGCUAUGAAAACUAUCACCUCAGCUAGCUUUACUAAUGGUCCUGUUUCUGGGAAUGGAAACAGCUGCCCAGUGGGUACCUUCUUCGCUCCUGCUGCUAGUAGUAUUCCACCAGCCCCAUCUAUCCCAAGUGGCGAGAAUGUAGCAUCCCCUUUGGAAAGUAACUGUAGCUCUACAACUAGUCCUGUAGAUGGAGAAGCAUAUGAUCUUAGAAAGUGUACUCUUUUAAUUUACCCUUUAAAUAUGCAACCUGUGCUCCCCAGUGCUCGGCACCUUGACCCACCGGCUGCUCAGACAAAUCAGAAAGCCUUGGGAGAUAUCUUCCAGAAUCAGUGGGGUCUUUCCUUCAUCAACGAGCCCAACUUGGGGCCAGAAGGAGGAAGUGGCCAGGUGCCUGAGGAGGACAAGACUACUGUGGUCACACCUCAAAGCGAGUGUCACGCUGUUGCAGCCAAAGCUGCCCAGCCCUGCUUUGAUGUUAGCCCAUCAUUCUUAGAGCCUGGCACUUUGGCUCAAGACCCUGAGAAAAGGACUUGUGCCCCUUGCAGUGUGUCUAAUGUUUGCUCUCCUGCUUGUGUGAGUGAGGAGAACAAGCUGGAGCCAUGUGGACCGGAAAAGACAAAAGCUGAGGGCAAGGGUGCAGGUUCUGCUGCGUCGGCCCCCAGUAAAGACAACGGUGCUAAGCCUGCACAGGGCCAGCUAACCACUUUGUUGUUUGGUUCAUCUAAAGAACAGACCCACUCUAAAGACAUUGGCAGAAGGUGUAGCUGGGGGUCCUUUGACAUUAAAGCUGCUGUCACUUAUCACACUAAAGAAAUGGAAUUCAUUUUCAACUUGCAAAAACAAGAUCCAAAAAGAGUAGUGGUUUAUGAUGAGACCAAGGAUGGACCUGAUCAGUGAGGUAGAUCGUCUACAGUACUUACUACUUCUCUUCUGGGUGCUGCAGUUAUCUACCUUGGAAAUCAUAAAUCUUGUCGGACAGAUAAAGUGACAACUGUGAAAACAUUGAUAGUAUAGCAUGACAGAUUUUCCUUGGAACUUCGGGUGGAAUAACAGACUUCUUUGGGGGCAUCAGACAAACGUGCACACACUCUGGAGGGACGUUAAAAGGAGUUGAUCUGUGCCUCUCCAACAUGAUAAAAAAUGAACACUUGCAACUCUGGAGCUGUGAAAGUCGUUUGUCUCGUGGCUCUUUAGGAUGAUGUUCGGGAGUUCAACAAAGGAAGGUGUCAUGGAUUGCACCUCCCUAAGCCUUUAUCCUGUUGAACUGCGGCAGCCGUCAGUCUGACUAUGGGAUGCCUCAGUCAUUUUCUUUCUUCACGCAUUCAAAUGAGUUCAUUGUAGAUAUGUUAGACGUUAUACAUACACAUCUGUGUGCAAGCUUGAAUUAAUCGUGGAAGAAAGGAAAACAGACUUUGCAAAGAAUGCCUUGAAGGUGUGGAAUAAAGAUCUUCGGAGUCCUGUUAAACUGUAAGUUAAGUGGAAGCUCGUAGGUGAGGCCCCAUCCAGGAAGGGAGAACCUUGUCUUAAAUCCUUUUUUUAGGGGAAAUCAGAGCCCAGAAAUUAAAUGCUUGCUUUUUUCCCCUUUUUAUACUGUUUUGUUUGACCUAACAUGAGUGUUAUCCGCACUGCAGCGUGACCCCAGAGCACAGGUACAGAAGUGCCCCAUCUGAAGGAAAGCUAAGCCCCUUCAUUUCAUUGUUUUAUUACAGGCGUGCUAAAGAUUUUAAAAUCAGGUCUCCGUUAAAGGCAAACCCUUUUAAUCCUUUAGCUUUUCAUACAUUUCAUGCAGAUUGCUAUGAGGUCAGUGCAGUCUAUUCUUAAAUUCAGAUUCAUACACUUUUUAAUACAUGAAGCCCGAGUUUAGGAGUUAACUGAGUAAGCAAGAGACAUUGCUACCAAUAAGGUCUUCUGCGUUUUAUGCUAUUUGUUCAGCAGCAAGACUCAGGAUGUCCAUGCAGAUUAUUUUGCCUGCAUUUCUGUCUGUGUAAAAACUGUUCAAUUCCUCUUGUCAAAGGAACACGUGUUGCAUUAUACGACUUUUAGAUUUUUGUUGUUUUCUGACUCAGCAUUGGGUCUUUUACUUUUCUGUCUUAUGGCAUUGUAUUUCCUGCAUGUUUACUGGUGGGAAUGAACGAGUCAGACGUCACUCUUCAUCACCACACAAAGAUAACAGUAAUACAACAACAAUUGCAAUACUAAUCUAGGUUUCCCCCGACUAGCCACUUUGUCAAACUGUUUAAAUGUGAAGAUGAGUUGUACUAUUAUGUUUUACUGUGGAUAACAUAUUUCAUUUGCAAACCAGUGUGCAAUAACACCGUGUGAUCCAUGCAGUGUGUGAAAUGGGUUAUAUGGAGCUACAAAAUAAUCACCCAAGAUGCUGGUGUGGCCUGCAGUUCAUUUAAGUUUGUUCAAAAAAAGUUUAAGGUGCGUUUUCAGUUUAUUGCACAAAUCCUUUACGUGAUAUAAAUAUAUAUAUAUAUUAUUUUUUUUUUUUUUUGCAAAAGAGCUCAUGUUGAAAGAUCUAAUUAAGUCUAGGGAGCCCAAAUUUGCUAACUGCUAACUGGCCAGCUGUGACAUCACUUUCAUCACCAUCUCCAAAUCAGGAUUGGUUUAUUCAACAUAACGAAGGAACCGUCCAGGUUUCUUUUCUCUAGAAGAUAUGAUUUGGUUAAUGUGUGGAUUAAUAGCACUUUAUGUAAACUAAUUGCUUUUAUCUUUUAAUUACUAGAGAGGUCUAUAUGUACUGACAAGAAGUACUCCUUGAAAGAAUGGCUCUGGGCUGUUACUUUUCAGAAAAAAAAACAAGUUGAUAAAUACAGAAUUAUUAAAUGUAACUCAGGUAGUGUUGAUAAAGCCAUGACUAUGUUAAAUAUUGUUUUUUGCCAAAUGGCCCCUGUCAUGUAAUGUUCUCAAAUUGGAAAUGUUGAAUUGGAGUCCUAUUAUAUAGAGUCUCAUAUGAUGUUGUGACAAAACACCAAAUAAUUACUUGUGAGGAAAACUGUGAUGGCAUGCAAGGUGCUGUCAUUGAUCAUUUUGGGCUCUAAAAAAACAAGUUUUACUGUUGAUUUCCCCAUUUUCUUAAAAAAAAAAAAAAAAAGCACAUUGCUCCAUGCUCCGUUUUCUAUGGAUACUAGACUGUAAUUUCUUGCAAUUUUUGAUGGUUGAUUUUCUCCCUCACAUGUUCAUAGUGAAGCACCUCUUGAUUUAUUAUUGCUGAACAUCAGUGGUGUUUCUGUUGGGUCUCUACAAUCUGGGUAUGAGCUUUCAAGUACACUUCUUUCCACAGUGUCCUGAUUAGGCAGCGCUGCAGCUUGCACUCGUGUGCAGAGAGGGAAAGUCAUAACUGCAACCAGUUGUCUUGACAUUCAACUUCCACGUCUAAUCUCAGUCAGCUCUCUGGUAUUUAAAACGCUUUUGUUUUGGCUUCCAUUGUACAGUGUGUGUGAUGGAUGAGUGUAUUAUCAAAUGCUGCCCUCUGAAUAAGAACAACUGUGUGGGAUCUGGUCGAUGAGGAAGCAUGGGUAUUUGAGGAGAUAUUGACCAUUAGCGUUUAGAGUUUUUCUGUGCUUGUGGAAAUUGACAUUGCAUUUGUCAUAAAGUUGCACAAAACUCGCAGUUUAAUUUCUUCUAAUUGCCCAUAAUCUAUAGAUAGAAGUGACAUAAUCAGGUUCCCAUAUGGUAAAUGCCAAAUUGUUCAGGCUGAAAGCAUUAUCUAAAUGUAAAACAGGGUGAUCAAAAUGAGUAGUAUGUGAUGUUACUGUAGUCUUAUGACCUUUUUUAAAAAAUAUUAUUUGUCUUGUUUUUAGACAGGAUGGUCCUGUACAGGGAAAUCAAAUAAUCUCCCAUCCUCCCACCCCCAGUAGCUCCUCUUUUUCAAGCACUUAAUAUAGCAAAAAAAGGCUAUGGUGAAUAUGCAUUUAUACAGAUAGAACUAUUAUUUAGCAUUGUAGCCUGCAAACCAAAAACCGGUUCUUGAAGCUGAGUAGAUGGUUAAUCAGUGAUUGAGUGAAAGGGGGUUGGGAGGGGGGAGGUUGAGUGACUGACUGUAGGUGUGUUGAGACAGAAAAGCCUGAUCAUGUGGAGUUAAUAUUUCCACCCACUCAGGAUGUGCAAUCACCUCAAGGAUGCUGAUGCAGGCUUCCAGGUUUGCGAGGGACGAGUUUGGCCUCGUCGUUUUUUGUGGGUGUGUGCAUAGCGAGUUCUUCCUAUUAUAUGCAAGUUCCUUCUUAUAUUUCAACCCCCCACCCCCUCCCACUGUUGUUUCAUGUUCAGGUGCCUGUGUGAAAAAAAACAAAAAACUUUUACAGCAAUUUUGAUUGUUUAAAAUCUGCUUCCAGCAUAUAUCCGUGCCAUUUUUAUUUUCUUAGUUUUUUGUAACAUUUGCAACGCUGUUAAAGUUGUCUUACAGCUAAUCCUAAUUUUCUUCUUUUUAAGCGACAUGGACGCAGCUGAAAGCGAUGAGCGUUUUUCUGUGUUUUUGUAGGGUUAGCUAAAGCCAAAAUCAGUUUGAAUGGGACGGAUGACAGCCGCUUGCUGGUGUAUACUCACGGCAGUCCAUUGUCAAGUUAAUGUCUGAAGUAGCACAUAAUUGAGUUGAACUGAUUUAACAAAUUGAUGUUUUAACAUGUUUUUAUUUUAUUUUUUUGAGUUAUAACCUAAUUUAUCCAUAGAUGCACAAGUAGGAUGAGACUAAAAGGAAUAAAUGAUAAAGAAAAUCAAGAUGUUUCAUUGUUGACGAGUUUUAGGUGAUUUAGUUACUGAUUAAGGCUGAUGUAGAGCUAUUUUUUUUCUCCCCCAAUAGCACCAAUGUUAAUAUAUUUCAAGUCUUUUCCAGCAGAUUUUAUACAAAUUACUUUUAAUUCAUUUCUUCAAAUAGUUGUUGAUGGAGUGACGAGCAUUGAAACACACUGCAUCCCAGAGUUCCUCUUAAUAUAUUUUUAUCUGUAGUGAUGUCGAUCGUGUCGCAAGGGGGGGAGUGAGGUAUUAACGUGCAGUUCAACAACUCUGAAUCUGCUUUCGCCAAAGGUACACUACUCAGAUAUUCAGCUACUGAAUGGCAAACGCACAGACCGGGAGGGGGUGGGGGGGGGACGUUGUUGAUGUCAUAACCAGCUUCCUGACAUCGCGCUGGGUUUGGAGGAGCUUUUAGUGAAGAGAAGUCACUACUGUAGCAGCUGAAUGUCACUUUGAGCGUGUUAUUACGCGGUGUGAGAGGAGAAAUCUUCAAAAAAAAAAAGGAAAAAAGAAAACAAAUACCGAAAGUGCUGCUUCUUCAUCCAGUAAUCAAUCGUCUGUAAUGGGAAAUGCUGGACUUGGUGUUUGUGCUUGACUUAAAAACUGUCCCUCCUUCAAACUGUCAUUGCCUCUCGUGGAACUGUUUUAAUUUAGGGGGCUUUUUUUUCUGUUUUAUUCAGUGACACCUGAGUGGUACGGUGUUUAUGAUUCCACACACAGGGAGGAAAGUAAACAAGGGCAACGUGUCUUUACGGGACUGAGUCAUGAAAAGAGGCGAUAUGUUGUGCCGAGUCAUCUUUUUGUUAUGUUUCUCUGUGUCAUCUCAAAUGGCUGUUGUGCUUGUUGAUGCUUUUUUUUUUUUUGUGGUCUGCUCCUCCUUUUUAUCACUUUUUACAUCUCUUGCCCCCCCUAAAAUAUGAGGCAAUAGCAUUUCUUUCUCAAAUGUCUUACAGGUUGACAUUUAAGUUUUUAAGUGAGCAGUCUUGAUUUGAUUAUUUAAUUUUUUGUUUUGAAUUUAACAGAAGUGUCACAUUACAAUGUUCUUUUUUAAAAGCAUGAUAAUAACCCUCAAAUUCCAAACAAUGUAAUAGAGUCAAUAAAAAAAAAAAAAACUCCAGUGUUCACAAUUUUAGUUUCCAUUAAAAUGUCAAAUUUUCAUGAAGAA